AUGGCGAGAACAAGAGGAGGGAAAGAAGCAAAAUCCUACACGCUUCCACCAUCACCAUCUCAUUCAUCGUCAUCAUCUUCCUCCUCAGAUUUCGAGUUCACCAUCUCCAUCUCACCCCGCAAAUCAUUCUCCCCCGCCGAUGAACUCUUCUACAAGGGCCGACUCCUCCCUCUCCACCUCUCUCCCCGCAUCUCCAUGGUCCGCAAUCUCCUCCUCUCCUCCUCCACCUCCACCUCCACCACCACCUCCUCCGCCGCUCGCGACUCCACCGAUUCACAAUCUUCCUUCACCAGCGACCUCGCUCUAUUCCCUGACUGCGAUGACUCCUUUCGUCCCAGCUCCGUAACAGUAACAGAGGAUGACGACUUCAAGCGCCUUCACAACAAGAAGACCACCACCAACCACUUCUCCUUCUCAAGAUUCUCCUCUGUUUUCCGCAAACAUAACCCCAAGACCCCCCACCCAGAAAGCGUUUCUGGGUCCUCGGUGAAGCGCAUGAGCAACACUGUCAAAGAGGUUAUCAGGAAGUAUACGAAGAAGGUGAAGCCAUUGUACGAGAAGCUGUCACUCAAACAGAAGCAACAAGAACAACAGAGAACAGUGCCGUCUCUGUUCACCAAAACAGAGAUAUCCACGAAGGAAAUUAAUGAGAGGAAAGAAACAAAGAGUGUGAUUUCUCAUUCUUUCUCGGGAAACUUGAGAUACCCUCUCCGUAGGAAAAGCGUCGUUUCUAGCCGUCCUUCAUCGACGAGAUCAUCGCCGAGCCACUCCGGUAUGCUUUCCGGUAGGAUAUUAUCCGGUGACACUCCGACGGUGGAAGAGAUGAAUAAUGCAAUACAAGGAGCAAUCACACAUUGCAAGAACUCUUUCAUUCAAAAACAAACCACAUUGGUUGGUAAU